GUUGUCCUUCGACCUCAACAUCGACCUCGACGCGGCAAGUCUACAAGUCACUUGUACGGGUCCAUGUCUCUCGGUGGCCGCAUUAUUGGCUCUGGAGUGUGUCACAGACUAUUUCUUCACCGCUUCUACUCUCUUCCUUCAUCGUCAGAGUUUCUCAAAAAAUGGUCCACUCCUUCAUCUCCUCGCUCUAUUCUCGACGACGACGAUCUUCCAGUUGACUUAUCCGAAGAUAACGAUGCGGUAAACCGAGUCAGGCGUAACCCGACCCCUUUGCAUCGUCGAAAACCUUCGAAAAUUCCGACGCCAUCUGAAUACAAAACACAUCGAAAGGCCAUGCAACGCGUUUUUCCUGAAGGUUGGAACCCACCUAAAAAGCUGAGUCGUGAGGCGAUGGAAGGGCUUCGAGAAUUGUAUCAUCUGGACAAGGAGAAAUUCUCUACCCCAGUUCUCGCUCAGAAAUUCAGGAUCAGCCCGGAAGCGGUUAGGAGGAUCUUGAAGAGCAACUGGCAACAGCCUGGGGAGAAGAGGAGAAAACUGAUAGCGAGAGACAAGCAGUAUCUGACUCUCACGAAACUAAAGGAGAGGUUGAAGGAGAGAAUGGAGGCGGACAAGGCUUUAGAGAAUACAGGACGGACAAUUGGCGUUGAUUCAAAAGAUACGUUAACAUUUCAAUAAUGUAACUUGGGAGUCUGCAUUUCUGGUUAGAUGAUAGUCUAUUUGCCAUUAGUUACUACAAGAAACAGGGUAUGUAUGUUACAACGAAUGCUAAUAUAUCAAUAG